AUGGGUGGCCCCUGGAACAACAGCGACGGUGGGCUGCGGGGGCCGGGGAUGCAGCAGUGUGACGAGCGCCGCUGCUCCUUUUUCCCCCUGGGGGCGCUAGUGCCGGUAACGGCUAUGUGCCUGGGUCUGUUCGUCGUCGGGGUGAGCGGCAACGUGGUGACAGUGCUGCUUAUUGGACGCUACCGGGAUAUGCGGACCACCAUCAACCUGUACCUGGGUAGCAUGGCCGUGUCCGACCUGCUCAUCCUGCUCGGCCUUCCCUUCGACCUGUAUCGCCUCUGGCACUCGCGGCCUUGGGUCUUCGGGCCGCUGCUCUGCCGGCUUUCGCUCUAUGUGGGCGAAGGCUGCACCUACGCCACGCUGCUACACAUGACGGCGCUCAGCGUCGAGCGCUACCUCGCCAUCUGCCGCCCGCUCCGCGCUCGCGUCCUGGUUACCCGGAGCCGUGUCCGCAUGCUCAUCGCCGCGCUCUGGGCAGUGGCACUGCUGUCGGCGGGGCCUUUCCUCUUUCUGGUGGGCGUCGAGCAGGACCCAGUCAUCUUCUUGGUCCCAAACCUGAAUGGCACCGCACAAGUCACUUCCUUGUCCCCCGCCUCGCCUCCAGAUCCUGUGUGGUCGCCAUCCCUGCCCCUGCCGUCGAGGCCCGAAGCCAUGGCAGCCGCGGCGCUCUUCAGCCGCGAGUGCCGGCCUAUCCCCGCGAGGCUGGGCGCGCUGCGCGUCAUGCUGUGGGUAACCACUGCCUACUUUUUCCUGCCCUUCCUAUGCCUUAGCGUCCUCUACGGGCUCAUCGGGCGGGAGUUGUGGAGGAACCAGGGGCCGCUGGGAGGCCCGGCCGCCUCCCGUCGGGAGAAGGGCCAUCGGCAGACAGUCCGCAUCCUGCUGGUGGUGGUUCUGGCAUUUGUAGUUUGCUGGUUGCCUUUCCACGUUGGCAGAAUCAUUUAUGUAAAUACAGAUGAUACCCGGAUGAUGUACUUCUCUCAAUAUUUCAACAUAAUUGCUUUGCAACUUUUCUAUUUGAGUGCAUCCAUCAACCCAAUCCUCUACAAUCUCAUUUCAAAGAAGUACAGAACAGCGGCCUAUAAACUGCUGCUUUCCAGUCAGUUCAGACAGAGAGGGUUCUGCAGAAGCAGAGACAGUGGAGAGGACACUGGGGGAAACACUGGAGGAGACACACCUGGCUACACAGAGUCCACUGCCAACGUAAAGACAACAGUAUAA